UUUUUGGACAUUUAGGUUGUUUCCCAUUGUUUUGCUAAUAUCAACUACUGCCAACUUACUUUGUCGAUGAUUCUUUGCCCACUUCUGCAUUAAACUUCCUGAGGGUAAAUUUUAAAAAUGACAUACUGGUAUGAACUGGAUUCUGAAAGAUGAAUAGAUGAUCACCAGACAGACAAGAAAAGGGGGAGGGUAGGAAAGGGCAUUCUAGGUAGAGGCAAUAGAAGCAAUUUCCAGUGCCAAAGUUCAUAGGCAACUGGUAAGCUUCAUUUUCCCAAACCAGCCACAGGGCCUGCCUGGUAGGCUCAUAAAACUCUGGGCACAGCAAGAUGAAGUUACAUGUUACAAAUGGCAUUUUAAUUGGAUUUGCUUUCCUUGUGCCUUGCUUUUGCAGUUGCAAGCAAGGCAAUGUCUUACUACCUCAACUCAGAAAACCACCUGGACCCAGGGCCCAUCUAUGUGCGAGAGAAUGGGCAGCUGCACAUGGUCAAUCUGGCAUUGGAUGGCGUCAGGAGUAGCCUGCAGAAGCCAAGGCCUUUCAGACUGUUUCCCAAAGGCUUUUCUGUGGAGCUUUGCAUGAACAGGGAAGAUGAUACUGCACAGAAAGAGAAGACUGAUCAUUUCAUCUUCACAUACACUCGGGAAGGGAACCUUCGGUACUCGGCCAAAUCCCUCUUCAGCUUGGUCCUAGGCUUCAUCUCCGACAACGUUGAUCACAUUGAUUCCCUUAUUGGCUUUCCUGAGCAGAUUGCUGAAAAGCUGUUCUCUGCUGCUGAAGCCAGACAGAAAUUCACAGAGCCUGGUGCAGGGCUAAGAGCUUUACAGAAAUUCACAGAGGCCUAUGGAAGUCUGGUGCUUUGCUCCCUGUGUUUGAGAAACAGAUAUCUGGUGAUUUCAGAAAAACUUGAGGAGAUUAAGUCUUUCCGGGAGUUGACCUGCCUGGAUCUUUCCUGUUGCAAGCUUGGAGAUGAACAUGAACUCCUAGAACAUCUCACCAAUGAGGCCCUAUCUAGUGUAACUCAACUCCACUUGAAGGAUAAUUGUUUAUCUGAUGCCGGGGUACGGAAAAUGACAGCACCAGUUCGAGUGAUGAAAAGAGGCCUUGAAAAUCUAACAUUAUUAGAUUUAUCUUGUAACCCUGAGAUCACAGAUGCAGGAAUUGGAUACCUCUUUUCUUUUAGAAAACUAAACUGCUUAGAUAUCUCUGGGACAGGGCUCAAGCUGAAGCACAAGCUCCAGACCCACAUAGGCCUUGUCCACUCUAAAGUGCCUCUGAAGGAAUUUGAUCACAGUAACUGCAAGACCGAGGGCUGGGCUGACCAGAUUGUUCUGCAGUGGGAGCGUGUGACUUCGGAAGCUGUGAAGCCACGAGAUGCCUUGGAACCUCGAAAGGCAGCUCAGCACUUCUAUGGGAAGCGGGCUCAAACAGAAACCCCAGGGAAAUGUCCCCUGGCAGACACGCACAUGAACUCUUCUGAGAAACUCCAGUUCUAUAGAGAGAAAGCCCCAGACUGCCAUGGGCCAUUGUUGAAACUCGAAGCUGUCUCAAGCCAGGAGUCAAAGAAGAGCAAGAAGAGAGGUUUUGAGGAGCCAGAAAAGGAACAGAGUAACUCUUCACAGUCUUCAAAGCAGAAAUAUGUGUGCCUUUCUGUGGAAGACUGGGACUUGUUAAACUCCUAUUGAUUGGCAGAUAAAAGUUGACCUCCCCCCGCCCCAUCUCUAAUGUAUGAGGAAAGGGGCUAAUGUUUUCCUCUUUGUUUGAAUUUACCUAUGACAUUAGCAUAGCAAGCAGAUAUUUCUACUUUUGUGGUAGGGGAGGGGAAUGCUAUGGAAGUAUGUAAUAAUUUCUAAUGUAUAUUUUCAAUACAUAGUAAUUUUUUCAAAUAAACGUUUUUGCUCUCCUUAA